AUGGAGACGGAAGGCACAGAUGGUUUCUAUGCCCAGCCAAAAGAGCUCACCGCCGCCCAGCGGAAGAAGCUCAAGAAGAAGCUUCAAUUCAUGGAGCUAGAAUCAAAAAUCGCAGAGGAGAGAGAUAGUUCGCCGGACCUCAGGGCGGCGGAGGACCAGGACCUCCGACAGCAGCUUGCGGCAAUUGACAAAGCUGUCUUCAAGGUGCUGGGGGACGGGAACUGCCUGUUCAGGGCUGUUGAACACCAGCUGACGCAGGCCUGCGAACGAGGGGCUGAGCUGCCUGCACUAAGCCACGGGCAACUGAGGGAAAAGGCAGUGGAACAUCUCCGGACGCACAGAGCCGACUUCGAGGCGUUCAUCGACGUGCACGAUAGUAGCGCAGAGGGUGACGGGGACGCCUUCGAGAACUACUGCAAAAAAAUGGCUCAGGACGGCGAAUGGGGCGGCCAGCCGGAAAUAAAAGCGCUUUCAGCCGCGCUGGGUUGCAAGAUUGUAGUGCACGCGAUGGGAGUGCCUCCCAUGGAAUACUCCACGCUGUUCCGCGAUCCCAGCAAUGACGUCGGGCCUCUAAGAUCGCUCAGGGCACCGCCGACGCCGGGUCUACGUUACGCAUCACAUUUCACAAACACGCCUACGCCAUCGGAGGCCAUUAUAACUCUACAACUUAAGUACGAUCGUUAA